GGGGGGCCAGGCCCCCGCCAUGGAGAUCGAGAAGGAGUUCCAGCGGCUGGACCAGGCCGCCAGCUGGCCCGCCAUCUACCAGGACAUCAGGCAUGAAGCCAGUGAUUUUCCAUGUAAAGUGGCCAAACAUCCCAGAAACAAAAAUAGAAAUAGGUACAGAGAUGUCAGCCCCUUUGAUCACAGUCGAAUUAAGCUAAACCAAGGUGACAAUGACUAUAUCAAUGCUAGUUUGAUAAAAAUGGAAGAGGCCCAAAGGAGCUACAUCCUUACCCAGGGACCUUUGCCAAAUACUUGUGGUCACUUUUGGGAGAUGGUUUGGGAACAGAAAAGCCGUGGUGUUGUCAUGUUGAACAGAGUGAUGGAAAAGGGAUCCGUAAAGUGUGCACAGUACUGGCCACGGAAGGAAGAGAAAGAAAUGUUUUUUGAAGAUACAAACUUGAAACUAACCUUGAUAUCUGAAGAUAUCAAAUCCUACUACACAGUACGACAGCUGGAAUUGGAAAACCUGACCACCCAGGAAACUCGAGAGAUUCUGCACUUUCACUACACCACCUGGCCCGACUUCGGGGUGCCGGAGUCGCCGGCGUCGUUCCUGAAUUUCCUGUUCAAGGUGCGGGAGUCGGGCUCGCUGAGCCCCGGGCACGGCCCGGUCGUGGUGCACUGCAGCGCGGGCAUCGGCAGGUCGGGCACCUUCUGCCUGGUGGACACCUGUCUGCUGCUGAUGGACAAACGGAAAGAUCCUUCUUCCGUGGACGUCAAGCAGGUUCUCCUGGAGAUGAGGAAGUACAGGAUGGGGCUCAUCCAGACUGCAGACCAGCUCCGCUUCUCCUACCUAGCUGUUAUUGAAGGGGCAAAAUUCAUCAUGGGAGAUGCUUCAGUGCAAGAGCAGUGGAAAGAGCUCUCCAACGAGGACCUGGAGCCACCCCCUGAGCACACCCCCCCACCUCCCAGGCCCCCGAAGAGAACCUCAGAGGUGCACAAUGGGAGGAUGCACGAGCACCCAGAGCUCCUGGGCAAGUCCCAGGCAGUGGAGGAGGAGAUCAGGAGCUCACUCAGCAGCGUGGAGGAGGCAGCUCCGGACAGCAGGGCCCGCUCAGCUGUGGCCCCCAGCACAGACAGCACUAGUCACGACACUGAAGCCCGGAGGAGACCUGUCGGGGACAACCCGCGGCUCUCGCCCCGCAAGGAGGAGUCCCUGAAGGAGAACUCGGAGGAGGAGGAUGAGAGCGUGGUGGCCACCUGGAAGCCCUUCCUAGUGAAUAUCUGCAUGUUCACGUUCCUGACGGCAGGAGCUUACCUCUGCUACAGGGUGUGUUUCCACUGAGCAGCGGCAGGAGCGCCGCCCCCGGCUCGCGCCCGGCUCCGCGGAGCCCCUCCAGGCAGGGCAGCCUUGGCUCAGAGCAGGUAGAUUUAGGGGAAAGGCCAGAACUUUGGGUAGGGCUUCAUGAGAGAAUCGAUGCACUAGGGUUUUAUCCAGCCCUGUGGUCCCAAGAACAUAAUAUUGUAAUCUCAGGGCCUUGAAAUAUUCAGGAGUAAGCAGAGAAAAUGCCAAAUAGUCUGUUUUCCUUUUUUGUUUUCUUUUUUUUUUUUUUUUAACUAAAUAAUAGAAUUACAACACAUUGUUGUUUUUAGCCUUUUUUAAAAAGCCAGUUCGUUUUCUUUUGUUUCAGAAAAACUAGGCACAAGUGAAACUUGCUUGUACUCUCCAAGUGUUGUAACCAAAUACAUGACUUACAUUGACAAGUUCCCAAAAAAAGAAAAAAGAAACCCACAUACCUGAAGAAUGUAAACUUUUGGAAGGGAAGGUGUGUUUGUAGUUGGUUUUUGGCUUGUUUUUUGUCUUUUUUUUAAAUUUGCUUCAUCUUUAAAGACUGAGUUGUGGGCAGUGCCUGUGGUAUUGAUAUAUUUAAUCUUGGCAUAACUGUUCUUAAAGAGCUGAUUGUUUUCCUUGUGUUGAUAGAACCAGGCUUCUGCAUUUGCUCAGGGUAUCCCAACACGUCCAGCUCUUUGAUUUUUUUUUUCUUUUUUUUUUCUUUACUAAGUGUAUCUCCUCAUUGACUUUUGUUGCACUCUACUUGCACAUAUGCCUCUUUACAUUGCACCAUCCUCUCUAAAGCUGUUUUUACUUUUAUAUUCUGGGUUGGGAGAGGUCGAGGGGAGGGAGAGAAACAGGAAAGGGAAAUUCAACCAAACCAUGUCCACCAGCAGUGGGGCCAUGCCCGUGGCCCGUGGAAGGACCAGUCCUUAAACCUCAGCAUUUGGAAUGUAAAAUGCAGUUUCACUCUGCAGCUGCUCCCUCGGGCCCAGCGUGCUCUGAGCAGGGAGGCACUGGGGAGAGCCAGAGCAGUCCCUGCUGGGGCAGCUUCCCUUGGCCAGGAGCAGAGCAGCAGCGCCGUGCUGGGCUCUGGGCAGCCCCUUGGCUGUGCUGGCAGUGCUGGUGUGUCCUGCCCUGCUGCAGGCAGGGAUCCCAGCCCUGGCUGCCCCGGGGCUCCCACAGCACCUGGGCUCAGGGGCUAAGUGCUGCUAGGGGAGGGUUGGCUGUGUGGGAGGACUGGCACUGGAGGCAGCAUUGCACCAAGCAGCCAGUGCUGUUCCUUGGGUAAUACCAAAUUAUUCAUACUUUCAACAAUAACAGCAAAGAGUUCUUUGCUUGUGUCAUGGUGCAGACAACAGGAGCAAAGUCACUCCUGGGAGCUGUAGUGAUUGAAGUGCCCCAUGACAGCUGAUCUGCAGCAGUGUUACUGAUUUGUUUUAUUUCUAAAGUCUUUCUAGCUCUAUAGCACUUAACCACCCUCAGUGCAGCCCUCGCUGUGGAGGAGCCCAGGGGAGCCCCUCCACUCCGUAUUUAUUUUUGCCAAGCUGGCUGUAGGUGUAGCUCUUCCUUCAGUGGGUGAGUAGGUGAG